AUGUCGACCACAGACCCCGCGUCCUCACCGGACAUCAUGAACGAUCCGCAAUUCGACCCUUCCGAGACCAGCGACAAGUCGCCUGCUGAGGGCGACACGUGCAGGAUAUGUCGUAGCGAGGGUUCCGCCGCAGAGCCGCUCUUCUACCCCUGCAAGUGCAGUGGCAGCAUCAAGUUCGUCCAUCAGGACUGCUUGAUGGAGUGGCUGUCGCACUCCAACAAGAAGCACUGCGAGCUCUGCAAGACGCCCUUCCGCUUCACAAAGCUCUACGACUCGCACAUGCCUCAAACCCUUCCGCUGCCCAUUUUCGCAAAGAGAGCCUGCCUGCACACCUUGAACUACCUGUUGACCUGGGCUCGCGCUGUCACUGUCGCCCUUGUCUGGCUUGUUCUACUCCCUUGGUGCAUCCGUUGGUCAUGGAGAGGUCUCUUCUGGAUCUUGGACGCAGGAUGGGCAAGAGACCCUUGGCUGGCGAAGAUGGCCCAUGCUGCCCACCAAAAUAAUAGCUCGACCUCUGCAAACGCCGCUCCUGCCGACAAGGAACCCUUCGGUCUAAGCCUGGGCAAGUUCCUAGUGAACACUCUAUUUUAUCCAUUGAAGCCCCUCGGCCAACCAGCCAUGUACUCUGCUCUAAACACACAGCCCGAAGCCUCGUUCGUACCACCUUAUUCUAGCUUGCUGUCUGACGUCAAGGCUGUAAAUAAUCUGACAUCUCAUGUCUGGCUCAACCGCUUUAUCCUCGAUGUGCUCGAGGGCGACAUAAUCACCAUCAACGUUGUAGUCGCAUUCAUUCUCGUUUUUCUGAUUCGGGAGUGGGUCGUUCAACAGCAACCCAUUAUUAACGCUGCCGCUCACAUUCGCGAUGCAGAGAUACAACUGGAUGUAGCUGAACGAGCUGCUCAACGUCUACAGGAUCUCGAGGCUGCUGCAUUGCAAGACGAGACUCUUCGGCCUGCAGUAGAGCGUUAUCGGCAUAUUUUUGACCAGCUUCCGGGCGACCGUGAAUAUCCCGAAGUUGACAGUACACAGUUCAUUGGCUGGUAUUCGAUGGAAACUCUUAUGGAUAAUGCAGGAAUGCCUCAUGAAUUUGAGGGCGAGGACCAUGAGGACUUCAUGGAAGGAUUCGAGGAAGCUGGCGAGGAACUCCUCGAACAGAUCAAACUUGCUGAAGACUCCGGUAUAUCCCGCGCUGAUAUUGCGGAGAAUUUAUGGGCUAUUCUGGACAAUCUAGAUCCUACUGAAAAGGAUCUCUGGCGCAAAUAUCUGCUUAGAGAGGGUGAAACUAAGUACAUGUUGUUGAGCAAUCUUCCUCAUGACAAGAUUGGUUUCUCCGAUGAUGAACAUUCUGGAGCAGGACCUGCGCCUGUUGAAUCUGAGGCGGAAAGCGACACAGAUGAUGACAAUGCGGACGAGCCCCGCAGACGACCGGCAAUGCUUCCAAGGGACGCAUCCUCACAUGCCCAGAGGGUUAUACAGUCGCUUGAGGAGCCCUCAAACAACUCUGAGAAUGGUGAUCAUAGGGAUAAUGAGCUCGAUGGUGAAAGCAGCAGCGGGAGUUGGCAAUCAAUCACGGCUUCUUCCAACUCAGAGCCACCGGAUANNCCACAACAACACCGCAUUCUGCCUUGCCCAUCACGGACAAUUUGCGAAACAAUCAGGGAACCACUUCUGAUAACACAACAGGCCGUGAGCGUACGACCGAAUCUCAACCUGCAGAUGCCACCACAGAGUCAAACGAGAAUCCUUCUGAUGAAAUUGGGCCCGAUCUCUAGAUUAUUUGACUGGUUCUGGGCUGACAUCGUGGUUGAGGAGGAUGAGAACGACCCCUUGCCUGGUAUCUUCGACGAAGAGAUCGUCCGCAAUGAGGCAGAAGAAGCACCUUUUGUUCACGUCCAUGGUGGAGAGCAUGUCCACGAACCCGAAAAUGCGCCGGACCCUGACGUCCUUCAAGCUGCGGCUGACGCUGGUUUGGAUGCUGAAGCCAUCGAAGAUGCUGAGGAUCUUGAGGGUGUCCUCGAGUUAAUUGGCAUGCAAGGCCCCUUAGCUGGAUUGGCGCAAACAGCCGUUNUUUGUGGCUUCCUGAUCACAGCUACCCUUUGGAUUGCCAUUGGCGUACCAUACUUUUUCGGAAAGAUUGCUCUACUCUUCCUCGGUGAUCCGAUCACAUCUAUGAUCAUGACUCCGCUGCGCCUUGUUUCUGCGGUUGCAGAUGCGAUUGUGGACAUCACUGUCUAUGUUGGCGGCGCAGCUACGUACUUUGGUUCCCAGAUGCUGACGCAACUACUCUCCGUUCUCCUUGGCUCUAUCUUUCAAAAGCUGGGCCUCGGAUAUGUGGAGUCUUUGGCAAAGCGCGCUCACCAUGCAGCGAACGGGGCUGGCGUACGUCUGACUGAACUAUUCGAUGGUGACGGACCAGUUGAGCUUGGGCCAUUGAUGAAAUCCAUGCAGGCACGUCAAUCCCUUUUGAGCCUGAAAGCGGAAGCUGCUCAGAUGGUGGGAUUUGUUGUCAGAGGUGUAUCGGGUAUUCUGUAUCACAUGCAGAACUCGACCGCACCAGAUAUGCUCAAAGUCAUCCACGAAACAGCUGCAAGAUCAUUCCAGCAUACAGCGGCAAGCUUCACUUGGAUCCGUACAAUUCUCCGAGAAGGACUGUCUGAAGCUGUAAGCGAUGGGACUUUCACCUUCACCAUCAAGCAAGAUGACAGCACUCUGGAUCCCUCGUUGGCUGUCUGGACCAACGAAGAUCGCUGUUUGACAGUCUUGGUUGGAUACAUUCUACUCGCCAUGAUCGGCACAAUGUAUCUGUUGCGCAAAGACUCGCUCUUCAGCUCACCAAGCCUGCAAAGUAUCGAAAAGAGCUUUGCGGAUCUCCUCAAGCAAGCCGGUGGUGUACUCAAGGUCAUUUUGAUCAUCAGCAUCGAAAUGCUCGCGUUUCCACUUUACUGCGGCAUGCUUCUGGAUUCUGCUUUGCUUCCACUUUUCGAGAAUGCAUCACUCGCUUCCCGACUUGCAUUUGCCAGCCGCUCUCCGUGGCUGUUUGUAUUCUUGCAUUGGUUCAUUGGCACUUGCUACAUGUUCCAUUUUGCGCUAUUCGUUUCGAUGUGUCGGAGAGUCUUGCGUAGUGGAGUUCUUUACUUUAUAAGAGAUCCCGAUGAUCCAACCUUUCACCCAGUUCGUGACGUCCUGGAGCGCAGUGUCACCACCCAGCUUCGCAAGAUCGCGUUCAGUGGACUUGUGUAUGGUGGACUGGUGAUCGUCUGCCUUGGCGGUGCUAUUUGGGGCACUUCACGAUUUGGAGUGUUUCCCAUCCGAUGGGCCAGGCCAGAGGCGGAUCUCGAGUUCCCCAUCGACUUCCUAGGAUACAACCUCCUCGCUCCUGUGGUAGCUGCCUACCUAUUUCCUUCCAAAGGAAUGGAGAAAGUCUUUGGCAAAUGGCUCAAGCUCUGUGCCCGUUCUCUACGACUUUCUCAAUUCCUCUUCGGCGAACGACGCAAGAUCGAAGAAGGUCAUCUGCAAGGAGAAUCGUGGAUCAGCAAACUCAAUCCUUGGAAAGACCAGCGCGCAAUUGUAAGAUCCAAGAACUUUGUCAAGGAUGGCAAGUACGUUCGAGCACCUGCCACCGAUCAGGUUAGGAUCCCUCGAGGCGAAAGGGUGUUCUUGGAGGUCAACGAAGACGACCAACGAGUGGAUGGUUCAAAUAUCAGCAAUGGUAUUCAUGGGCGACAACCCGAGAACUUUAUCCAGGUGUAUAUCCCACCAUGGUUCCGCGUACGAAUUCUCACAUUCAUCUCGUGUCUGUGGAUGUUUGCCAUCGCCAUGGGCUUUGGAGUCACUGUCGUUCCAAUGAUCUUUGGACGUCAGAUUGUUUCAAUCAUGGCUCCUCAUCGCGUUGCACCCAACGAUUUAUACAACUUUGCUGUCGGCAUCACCGUCCUGGGAGUAGUGCUCCAAGCUCUCUUUAACGGACAAAGGGCAUUGGAAAGUAUCAGGCACACAACCUCGAGACAGAAUUUGGCUGCUGUCGGCGUCAACGUUAGAAAGCAGACUUGGCGUUUGGUUCGAAGCGCUUAUGUGUACGGAUUUGCUGUGGUCAUUGUCCCGACUCUCUUCGCCCUGGUCUUGGAGCUCUAUUUUAUUCUGCCACUUCGCACCUAUAUGGGUCCGGCAGCUCUCACUCAGGNNGGGAGCGCGAGUGCCGUUCCGGACCACUCGCUAGGAGCCCAGGUCACACUGAAUAACACAACGCUCGCAGACUUCGCAAAGGCACAAACUGCGGAACUGGUAGUGGCAUCGCACACUUUCCACAUCCUCCAAGACUGGACUUUAGGAUUCAUCUACGGGAGAGUUGUUUUGCGUCUGCUGCUCCUGUCACGUACUUCUCGCCCCGCUGCGGCAUUGCGAAUGAUUACCCGCGAUGGAUUCACUAAUCCCAACGUCAAAUUGGCUACUCGUGCAUUUGUGUUGCCAACACUACUGCUGUUCUCAAUCAUCUUGAUCUGUCCUCUCCUGAUUGCGUCGGUUCUGGAUGUCACGAACUUGAUAUCUGACAGUAUCCGUACCAAGGUCUAUCGAUAUAGCUAUCCGAUAUGUGCCAGCCAGGUACUAGGUUUGUGGUGUACUUGGGAGUUGAGCGAGGGACUGCGUCGAUGGAGAGGUCGCAUCAAGGAUGAAGUGUACCUCAUCGGAGAGCGACUCCACAACCUGGGUGAGAGAAGGCCACCAGAGGGUAGCAAGAGCGUCGUUCGCAGACAUAGCUAG